AUGAUGGCUCAGUUUCAAGCUUUCCAAGCCACUUCUAGAUCUAACACCAACCUUCUUCAAGAUCCUUCAAGUUAUUACUACCUUCACCCAAGUGAGAUACUUGAAAUCGCUCUCACAACCACACUGAACUACCACACCUGGUCUACAUCUGUGUGGAUCUGUCUAAAAUCGAAGGAUAAAAUUAGAUUCAUUGAUGGCACGUUACUCAAACCAGCUCCAACAGAUGAUUCAUAUGAUGCUUGGGAUCGUUGCAACACGAAAGACCUCAAACAUCAAUUUUAUGAGGGUGAUCUAUUUCGGAUUGCUGAGCUUGAGGAAGAUCUGUUCAGCACAAAGCAAGGUGAGUUAUCCAUCAUCUCUUACUGUACAAAACUGAAAAGGAUCUGGGAAGAAAUAGACGAAUUCAGACCCAUACCAACUUAUGCUUGCUUGAGUAAUUGUAGCGAUGGAUUAGACAUAAUGAGGCAAUAUAGGUUGCAGUCUUAUAUGAUUCGUUUUCUUAGAGGUUUAAAUGACCAAUAUGCAAGUAUGCGCUCCCAUAUUAUGUUGCUUAAACCCCUUCCAGAUGUGAAUACUAUUUUUUCUCUACUUCUUCAACAAGAAAGACAAAUGAUGCAUCUCAUUGAAUCAGAUUCUAGAAUACUAAUGAAUGCUGUUCACACUAAAUCUAUAGGUGAAGGAGAGACUUACCAGCCUAGUCAAGGCAGUGCUAAAUUUAUCAAUACUGGAGGUGAAAAAGGUAAAUUUGGGGCCAACAAUGUCAGAGAAAGAGGAAGAGGGCGUCAUAAAGGUGGCAAAGGUACUACUAGAGGAGCUCCCAAAUUUUGCUCUUAUUGUGGAAAACAAGGUCACUUGGUGGAUACAUGUUACCAGAAGCAUGGCUUUCCACCACAUUUGCAACCAAAUUACUCUAAUGGAGUACCUCUUUUAGCUAAUUUAGUGAACUCAGUGAUAGUUGUGAGUAAUACAGAAUGUAAUCCCACACCUGUUAUCCAAAAUGAAGGCAAGAUCAGUUUGGAUGGGAUAUUCUCGGAUAGACAGAAAGAAGCACUUAUUGCACUAUUCCAGCAACAUGAAAAACCUCUUCAUGAUGAAAAUUUAGCAACCAUUCAUACUCCUUUAGCCAGUAUAUUUCAUCUCAUUUCUCAUUCCGAUUUUGAAUUGAAUUCUAAAGAUUGA